AUGGGCAUGUACUUCUUAUACGGUUUGCUUUUUGCAUAUGUUGGGCUGCCUGGACUCUUACUCUGUGAUUUAGCUUUCCGAUGCCCAAGCUGCACCGCAGAGGAUAUGAUGGCAUGCACCAAAGUCGAUCCGCUAUGUGCAGAGAUUGUGAGGGAGCCAGGCUGCGGCUGCUGUCCGGUGUGUGCCCGGCAGGUGGGAGAGCUCUGUGGGGUUUAUCUGCCAAGGUGCUCCACCGGUCUGAGGUGCUACCCAAGUAUGGAUGCUGACUUCCCUUUACAGCAGCUCAUUCAGGGUUUGGGACAAUGUGGACAAAGAAUAGAUGUGGAUGUCUGGGAACAUUUGAACCCGUCGGGGUAUGAGGUGCAUGGGACUGAAAAUCCACUCACCGGGAGACCGCCUCUAAACCCAUGGAUUUGGCAGAAGACCGCCCUUGAACAAUACCUUCAGGACCGCAGAACAAGGAUGAAGAUAAAUCAGAGAGUAUCUCAGAGUGCCUGUCAGCAGGAGUUGGACAGGGUCUUAGAGGAGAUUGCUAAAAUGACUUCAGAGGAUAACAGAGGCCCACUGGAGAACCUGUAUGAGCUCAAGUUUCCAAACUGUGACAAACAUGGACUGUAUAACCUCAAGCAGUGCAACAUGUCCACCCACGGCCAGCGGGGAGAAUGCUGGUGUGUUGACCCCUUAACAGGAGUCCAGAUAUCAGAGACACCUAAAGUCAGAGGGGAUCCCAACUGUAACCAGUUUCAGGAGGUGCACAGAGCAAUGCCCACUGCAGAAGCAUCUCACUAG